GUGACUGUCACGGUGCCAGCUGAACCGCAGGUCAAAGACCGAGCAGCGGCGACUCUUCGACUUUCUCACAUCUGCGACGGAAGCGGCGGCUUCAGGCGGCCGUACAGCAGCGCUUCAGCGGCUUUAACCAGCGUCCAAGCCUCGGUCUGUGUGUGUGUGGAGGUGUUGGUUUUCCCUCUCUGCGGGUGAGAGGCUGUACAAUCCUCGGCAGUGUUCUGAGACUGUGCGGCCCCACCAGAACCAGAACCAGCACCAUCAGCGCUUCAUGGACUAACCUUACAUUAUCUGUCGCUGAACUCUGAACUCUGGCCUUUUCAUGUGACACACACACACACAUAUUUUUUCUUCCUCACUUUUAUAUUUUUCCUUCUUUAAACCUGGGCUUAACUUUGCAUGUCGGGGAAUAACAGCGUUAGAAGAGCAGACAUGACAGCAGAGAAGGAGAAGAAGAGGAGCAGCUCAGAGCGUCGGAAGGAGAAGUCCCGUGACGCCGCCCGCUGCAGACGUAGCAAAGAGACGGAGGUUUUCUAUGAGCUGGCACACCAGCUGCCCCUCCCACACAGCAUCAGCGCUCACCUGGACAAGGCCUCCAUCAUGAGGCUGACCAUAAGCUUCCUGCGCACACGCAAGCUGCUGGCCACAGGUCAUAAAAGCAGUGACAGCGAUGAGGACGGACAGAUGGACAGUCUGUACCUGAAGUCACUGGAGGGCUUUAUCACCGUGGUAACGUCAGACGGCGACAUGAUAUUCCUGUCUGAGAACAUCAACAAGUUCAUGGGGCUCACGCAGGUGGAGCUCACUGGUCACAGCAUCUUUGACUUCACACAUCCAUGUGACCAUGAGGAGAUCAGAGAGAAUCUCAGCCUGAAAACAACUGGCAGUGGCUUUGGCAAAAAAGGCAAAGAGCUGACCACAGAGCGGGAUUUCUUCAUGAGGAUGAAAUGCACUGUGACCAACAGGGGGCGCACUGUCAACCUCAAGUCAGCCAGCUGGAAGGUGCUGCACUGCACCGGACACCUGAGGAUGUACAACAGCUGUCCUCCCAGAGUGUUGUGCGGCUUCAAAGAGCCCCCGCUCACCUGCGCCGUUCUGAUGUGUGAGCCGAUCCCACACCCGUCCAACAUUGACACACCUCUGGACAGCAAGACCUUCAUGAGCAGACACAGCAUGGACAUGAAGUUCACCUACUGUGACGAGAGGGUAACAGACCUGAUGGGUUACACUCCUGAGGAUCUUCUGGGUCGUUCUAUCUACGACUUUUACCAUGCCCUGGACUCUGACAGCAUCACCAAGAGCCACCACAACUUGUGUACCAAGGGUCAGGCAGUGAGUGGUCAGUACCGUUUGCUCGCUAAGACUGGAGGCUACAUCUGGGUGGAAACCCAGGGAACUGUCAUAUAUAACAGCCGCAACUCACAGCCUCAGUGCAUCGUGUGCAUCAACUAUGUCCUCAGUGACGUUGAGGAGAAGUCGAUGGUUCUCUCCCUGCAGCAGACCGAGUCUCUGUUCAAGCCUCGACACAUGAGCAACUUCUUCACUGCUGGAGGUGCAGGUGUGACCGGAGAGCCAGGAGACGCCAUGUUCACCAAACUGAAGGAGGAGCCAGAGGACCUGGCACAGCUGGCUCCAACACCCGGAGACACGAUCAUCUCCCUGGACUUUGGCCGCUCUCAGUGCGAGGUGUCUGCAGAAGCUAUGCUCCCACUAGGACCGCCGUCCUGGGCCGGAGAGAGCCUCAAACCUGUCAAUUUCACGUCAGGCAAAUCCUCAGCUCCCACUUCAGGAGACGCAUCUAACAUGGCUGCUUCGACAGCAACACGGCAGAAUCCACCAGCAGCCAGUGGUACUCCUAGCCUCAGCAGCUGCUCCACGCCCAACAGCUCAGAUGAUUACUACAGCAUAGUGGAGAGUGACCUGAGGGUGGAGCUGACAGAGAGGCUGUUUGCUCUGGACACAACAGAGGGCAGCAGCACAUCUGCAAAUACUGAGAUGGACUUUAGUGACUUGGACCUGGAGACUUUAGCUCCUUACAUCCCCAUGGACGGAGAGGACUUCCAGCUGAACCCCAUCAUCCCAGAGUCUGAGUCCCUGGAGACAAGUCCCGCAGGAUCAAUGAUGGGGAGCAGCAGCAGUAUCAACAGCAGCAGCAGUAACCGCAGCAGCAGCCCUCCACAAACAAACCAGGCAUCCCAGCAGACCAUCAGCAAUGUCACCAGCCUCCUCCAGCCCCUGUCCUCCCCUCCUCAACCCCAUGGUCACUAUCAGCCCCGGCCUGCUGCAGCCUCAUCCUGGGUCACAGAGGAAAAGAGAAGCUCCAGCCAGGGGCCCACAAACCCCCGCACAGCAUCUUACAUGAUGGGGCACAUGCAGAACCCACCGUACCAGGCCCCGGCAAACACCCCCCUCUCUUCUAUGGGUGGCAGGCAGAAUUUGCAGUGGCCCCCGGAUCCUCUGUUAACCUACCAACAACAGCACCCAGUCACCAAGUCUUACCUGAUGGACUCCUGCCAACAGGACAUGGCACAGGUCAUGCAGAAGCAGAGGUCUGUGGACAACUUUGUACAAGCCUACAGAGACUUGAGUCCAGCCAGGAACAACAGUAUCAAGCGCUCCUUCAACCAGAUGGCUGUGGGUGAAAAUAAGCCUUCAGAUCUCAUGUGGAAGAGGAUGAGGAGUGAGAGCUGCAUGGACAUGGAUCGCUCCCUCAGCACUGGAUCACUGACAGAUUUUCCUGUGUCACCUCGCUGUCCUCUCUCAGAGUCGGGAGUGAGCAGAAUGUUAGCGGGCAGCUUGCCCUCACACCCCAGCUCCCUGCAGCAACACAGGAAGUGUCAGUACCCAGGAAACGGGACAUGCGCCACGAAUGAGAAAGGCUUUCUACUGAAGAGCUGCAACUACUUCGAUUAUAACGUUGCACCAUCUCACAAGAUGGAGGGUAUAGCCAGUCGUUUGCUGGGCCCCUCGUUUGAGCCCUCCUUUCUGCCGGAGUUGACCCGUUACGACUGUGAGGUCAACGUCCCUCUGCAGGGAAACCUGCAUCUCCUCCAGGGCUGUGACCUGCUUAGAGCCCUGGACCAGGCCACCUAGUCUCCCACAUUCAAACCCCACCAAAGACCCAGACCUAACCCUAGCCCUGAACCUCAACCUACAGCCUGAGUCCUGUUUAUCACCUUUAUGCCUCUGAGCCUUCGACAACCCAGAGGCUAAGCUAUUUUUAGGGAAUAGUAUUCACAACCAGCUCCUGCUUUAUUUAGCUCACUCUGCCUUCUCUGUUGUUCUGUAUGCUGAUUCUUUCAGGAGUCAAGCCUCUUAAACCCGCCCUCUUUCUUCUUGACUCAGAUUAUGUGCAGGUUGACCUCCAUCAUACAAAAGUGUCCCUGCAUUGAGCCAAACCCAUCGAGGACCUACACAAAUGAAAACCCCAGUCACUUGGUAAGAAAAGGUCAAUGUGGGACAGUUUAAUAAGCCUGACCCAGGUCCUGUGUUCAGUGUGGACACGGGUCUGGGCUAAACAUUCAGACACGCAAGGCUGAACUUGGGUUUCGGUGUGAACAGGGUAUUUUAGAAGUGUGGAAUUCAGACACAAUCUCUACAAUCUCAAAGACAAGAGAUUCAAACCUGUGUCUUAUCCAGGGCCUGUUUCCUGUGAUGUAAACUCUAUGCAGCUGAGUCCCGCCUUACCUUCUCUUUAUCAGCUCUGCUCUGAGGAGAAGAUGCUCUUACAUUACCUACACAUUAACACAAGCACUGUGUUCUCUAACUCUCAGUGUCUGACCAGCAAUUAGACCAGACCACUUUUCAAGUCUUAGUCAAAGGCGCAACAAACAGCCAUGAAUCGGUUCUGAAAAACGAAGGAUUUUUCACAAAUAAUGCUCUUUGAUUCUGCUUCUUGAUUCCAAUCGAUCACUAACUGUUCAAAGGGAGGAGCCGUUUGGAGUGGUUUUCAACUGUUGUCAUAGCAGCAGCUACCGAGACUGUAGCAUAAGAUUGAACUUCUUUUCUCCUACACAAGAAGUUAUUAUGUAGUUGAAUCUAUCAGAGUUUCCAAAUUAAAAGUGUAUAAUAUAUAAAAAGUCUAUGUUAAAAUGUCUGAACUGACAUUUCUUCAGUUCAAAGUUUCAUUUUAUGAUCCACUUUUUCAAUGUUAGUCGUUGAAGAACCUCAGUAUCUUAAGCAGUGGCAUCUUCAAGGUAUAAACCGUGAAACAUCAAUGGACCAUAAGCUCAUACUGUGCUUUCUAUUUCUUAAAAUAUUUGGGGUAAUUAAAACUAUUCAUAUUAAAACUAACUGUUGUGAGGCUAACUCCUCUGAGCCUAACUCUUCUGAGCCUAACUGUUGUGAGGCUAACUGUUGUGACACUAACUGUUCUGAGGCUAACUCUUCUGAGGCUAACUCCUGCAGCCUCACAAUCUCUUAUGGUGGAGAGAGAGAGAGAGAGACGAUGAAGCGACAGGGGGAGGAGUCUGUGAUGAGCCUUGCAGUUAGACAAGAGGGUGAUGAAGGAGUGGAAUGCUGUAGCUGGUGUUUGACCAGAGAGGGCAGUAGAUACAACAUGGAACUGUGAAGAUUUGCUCCUGGAUCAGCAAAUAUCGUUAACUAGAUAAACAUAUACACUGGUUUACACCUGGAAAAGUGGUUUAGUUUAGUUUUAGUUACAUUUUAAAGACUCUUACUAGAAGUGGGAAUCAAUAAGCACAAUCAAAAUGGCUGCAUUUGUCUUCUGUGUCACAUUUACAAACAGACUGAAUCAUCUCAACAUCAUCAUCUGUUUCUGCGAUGGUUUUAGUCAAAUCUUCUUUUUUUCUCUUCUCCUCAAAGAGAUUUUAUAUAUAUAUGUAUAUAUAUAUAUAUAUAUAUAUAUAUAUAUGUAUAUGUAUGUGUAUGUGUAUGUAUAUAUGUAUAUUCUUACACCUUCAGUAUACGCAGUCAGCAGCAAAGCUAUAGCAUUAUUCACCAAACUGAACUCUUGUACAAAUUACACUGUGAGGAAAUGUUGCAGGCAGCAGCCAUUAUCAUCCUCAUCAUUAUCAUCAACACACCAGGUGUUUGCACAGAAAGGGGGAGGAGCCUCAUCUGCCCUUAAAAUCCCUUUAGGAUUUUACAAACAUUUGCCCCUCCACGGAUCCAGGCAGACAUUUUUUAAAUAUUAACUUCUGUGUCAUAUGCAAAUAUAAUCUAACCUGUGUACUAACAACAUUUUCACCGCAUAGUAUAAUAAAUAGUCUAAUUGCCCAAAAAUACUACAUGGCUUUGGCAAGAAAGACUGUUCUAUGUUAUUACCUUUUAAUAACAAUACAUACAUUCUGAUUCCAUGAGCCUUCCUAUAACUGGAAUUUAAUCAUUUGCAAUAAAAUGUCAGACUAAACUUAAGAGUCCAAAAAUCUGAAGAUUUAAUUUACAUUUCACAGCUACGAAUCACUGGGUAACCUGUUUAUUGUUAUUAUUAUUACUAUAAUUAUUAUUAUUAUUAUUUUGUUAUUAUUAAUAUUAUUAUUAUGUAACUCAUUGAUUUCCACAGAAAUGAGUAGAAACAAAUGUCUGCCUGGUGCGUUUGUGGCUCCGUGAGAUUUAUAGAAGUCACCAUGUGCUGAAUCAGCCAGAGGAUUAUUAGAGGGCGUUAAAGGCACUGAUGGAGACACUCGAGCCAAUCAGGGUUUGAAGUGCUCCAGUUUGGUAUUAAAUAAAAGGCCACUUCAGGAGAGGUCAGUCCUGUGUUAUUACUGCAGCAUUAUCACUUACUUUAACACUCUGUAUAUGUAGCAGCGUUAGCAGUGUUAGCAGCAGCCUGUGAAGUGUGUGUGUGUUAUUCUUCACGAUUAGGACAAAGCCAGUUUUCUUUUUUUCCCUUUUGAAUUCAUGACACAGAGCGGCUGCCGUUACCAGGCAGCUUAGUUAUAGAAAUCAAAAAUCACAGCAUUGAUAAUGAGUCAUAUCAUCAACAGUUCUCUGCAGUUUUCUCUCGGUCGGUCUCUCUCAUCAUGUACUGUCCUUGUGUGGUGACCACUUAUGACUAUGAAUUAUUGAGCUUUGUACACAUUUACCAUAUAUACCAUAUAUUUAAGAAAGAAAAAGAAAAGAAGCUAAAACUAAUGUUGAAGAUGAUUUAUUUGUCCUGGUACUUUGUCCUUAUCGACCUGCCGUAGACGUAGAUCCCUCACAGUGCUGUUUCCUCUUAUGUUUUUUUUUUUUUUAUUAUUAUUAUUAUUCCCCUGCUGAGAAUUUUAUCGUAAAAUAAUAUCUUUUGAAUCUGUUUGCUGGCCAGUACAGUUUGUGUUCCUGCUUUAAGAAGAUUCAAAGAAAAACAAAUCACAUUUAAGGGCAAACAUCAGUUUUUUGUUUUGUUUUUUAUCUUCACUUUUCAGAUAUGUAGCAUUUUGAAUAUUUAAGGAGGUUGCCACAUAAUUGAAUCAUACAAUCAAUUUUCCAGGUGGAUAUACAUGUAUAUGUAUAUGUAUAUAUACAUAUAUAUAUGUACACAUACAUACAUAUAUGCAUAUGUAUAUGUAUAUAUAUUUACAAUUAUCGGUGCUUCAUAGUCCACAUAUGUGUCAUUUGUACAACUUUUAUCACAUGGAUCCACUAACACUGUAUUCUGCUUUAUGUUGUGUUUAUGCUGAAAUGUUCUUUAAAAGUUUAUUUUAAUGUUAAUGUGCCUUAUUAUGAACCUCUGGUUGUCUAAAUAUACAACGUGUUUUCACCCUUCAGCAGCACAAUUUGUUUUCUGCAACCCUCUGUCAACAAUCAGGUGUUUAUAUAAAAUAAACAGCUGAUUCUCAGAUAAUCAGCACAGUGUCUUUCCAGUGACAGAAGUCUCUCGGUGAAUUCACACCAAUCGCAAAGCAAUUAUUUUUUUCUGAGCGCAAUUCGCAAGAACUUUCUUGCCCGUAUUUCCAGCCCCUCCUGUGUUCUGAGUUAAGUGCGAUAAACACAUAAAAUCCAGUAACGUAGACUUAGGUAAUCCAACUUCCACGCUGUUCUGUUCAGCGUGCACCAUUUCGGAUUAAACAUUGGGAUGUUGGAAGAAUUUGAAUCUCCAAUCAUAUUUUUUUAAGUUCAAAUAUUUCAGAUCAAGCUCCUUCAAGGAAUUUCACAAUACAUGAGUGGAAAUUCUUUCCUACUUCAUUUUUGCAUUGUGUGUGUAAAGAUGAAGAUAAUGUCUAAAAAGAUGUAUGUUGUGUUUGGUCAUAGUACACAAUCAUAGUAAGUUUAACCAGAAAGAGAUUUGACCUAAAUAGUGUUAAGGUUUUCAUGAAAGUGUAAUUUAAAAUAAAUAUAAACAGAGAACUUCUGCUUACAUGUCUGUUCUGCUAACUUGAAGCAGACAUGAGCUAAAUUGAAACAAUGUUUGUUUUAAAACACUUUAAUUUCAAACAUGAGCGCCUUGUAUUGAAACAACUGUUACGAGAAAACACAAAGAAAAGGUGCAAAAAUAACAACACGUAUCUCAAAGGGAAGUGAAUCGCUAGUGGAUGCUAUGUGCUAAUCACUCUGAACUGUUUGAAGGAGUUUCCCCAAGUAAAACAUAAGGUGUCAGGACUGAAUUCACUCUUUCAUCACUGAACGUCCUCUUUAAAGACAAUUUCAGCAUCAUCUCUCUUCUUGUGUAAGUUUUGUUGUCGUCGUCGUUGUUGUUGUUGUUGUUUUUCUGGGAUCCAUGUUGAGCUACUAUUUGUUUAUGACAGUACAGUUAUAUUAGCUAAUUCUACAUUUUUUAAUGUGCUAAAAGACAUUCUAUUGAUCUUAUUAUUAAUCCUAUCAUUAUUAUUAUCAUAUAUUGUCAUUAUUGUUAUUACUAUACAUGGGACCUGAUAAAAAGUUUUGUGUUUCUGCACUGGUAUCUUAUUAAAGCAUGCCAAUCUUA